GAAAUGGUUAGUGACAAUCGACGGCUUUAAUGCUUGUCUGCUCAGGUCUCUCUCAGGCGUCAACCGCCAAAUUUGCAAAACAUUUUUUUGCAUAUUUGCAGUGACGCUAUCAUUUUCGGUGUUUUACCAUUUAAUAAGAAUUGUCCCGUUGUAUAUGCAACCUGAAAAAAAAUCAAUUGACAACGAACAACCAGCAGUAAAGAAAAUGAAGGUCGAUGGAAAAUGUGUAAUGCGUUGGGCCAAGCUAACUGAGAAUGCUUUUGAACCAGUUCGUGGUUCUGAACGUGCUGCUGGUUACGAUUUACGCAGUGCCUAUGAUCUAACUGUACCAGCCCGGGGUAAAGCUGUUGUAAAUACCGACUUGCAAAUUCAAGUGCCCAAUGGUUCGUAUGGAAGAGUGGCGCCUCGCUCUGGUCUUGCAAUUAAAAACUUCAUCGAUGUUGGCGCUGGCGUCGUAGACGAAGAUUAUCGUGGAAAUCUGGGUGUAGUACUGUUUAAUCACUCCGAUCAAGAUUUCGAAGUCAAACGUGGUGAUCGCAUUGCGCAGUUGAUCUGCGAACGAAUUUUCUACCCUGAAUUGGAACAAGUCGAUAAAUUGGAAAAAACUAAAAGAGGAGAUAGUGGUUUUGGUUCAACUGGCGUUAAAGAUUUACCAUCAGAAGUAUUAGCCGCAGAUGCUGAAAAGGAAAAAGCCAAUGGAAAAUAAUUUCAUUUACAUCUACAUAUGAAUUUCACAAUUCGAAGCCAAUUGUUAUUGCUACGAAUUUGUGUGUAGUGGUUAAGUUUUGUAUUAUUCAUUGUUUUUUUUUUUAAUAUAAUUAAACACGUAAUCUAUAAAUAUUUUUUUAUAUAAAAGAGGAGGCUUAUCAUUUCAUCAUUCCACAGCAGAGAAAAUAUUCUCUAAAAAUAAAAUUAUUUCUUAAAUUUUAA